AUGGCUUUUUUGUACUCUCAGCUUUUUGUCCGACCGCCCUAUCCCACUCAGUCCUUUGACGGCCAGACGGUGCUGGUGACAGGUUCCAACGUGGGUCUUGGCUUCGAAGCUGCUCGUCAUAUCGUCCGGCUGGGCGCGGCCCGAGUGAUUCUUGGAGUCCGCAAUGUCACCGCCGGAAACGAGGCCAAAGAGCAGAUUGAGUCCUCGACGGGCCGAACGGGAGUCUGUGAGGUCUGGGAGGUUGACUUGGCAUCGCAUCGCUCAACAAUCGCCUUUGGCGAUCGGAUCAAUCAACUUCCACGCCUCGACGCCGCGAUUCUCAAUGCCGCCGUGGCGACGGAGACCUUCGACCUCGCCGAGGGCUAUGAGCGAACCGUCACCGUCAACGUGAUCAACACACUGCUAAUGGGUCUCCUGAUCCUCCCGCGACUGAAAGCCACCGGCAAGGAAUUCCCCACGACGCAGCCCCGUCUGUCCUUUGUCGUGAGCGAGGUCCAUGCCUGGGUCAACUUCACCGAGUGGAAAGACAGCGACACCCCCAUGAAGGUGGUAUCCGACCCGACUCUGGCGAAGAUGAAGGAGCGUUACAUGCUGUCCAAGUUGCUCGAAGUGUUGCUGGUGCAAGAGGUCGCCAGCCGCACACGGGCCUCAGAGGUGGUCAUCACCAUGGUGAACCCGGGUCUGUGUCAUUCGGCACUCAGCCGCGAAGGUAACUGGCAAUUGACCUUGCUCAAGGCGGCCCUGGCCCGAACCACCGAGGUCGGCUCACGGACAUUGGUAGCCGGCCUCUCUACCAGCGUCGAGGGCCAUGGAUCCUACAUGUCCGACUCGGAGGUGCGCAAUACCGCGCUGUCGCCGUUUGUGCGCAGCGAUGAGGGCCGCGCGGCUCGAAAUAAGUUGUGGAAGGAGUUGUCCGACGUUAUAGAGCAGGUGCGCCCGGGGAUCCUGCAGAAUCUGUGA